AGGUCAGGAGCAAACCAGUAGGACGUUAAACCCCAUUUCAUUUCAUUUCUAUUUGAUUGACGUCAUCUGAAUGAGACGUGAAUGAGAUAUAUAAAUUACGAGUUAUUCGUGUUGGGUAGAUCCAUGGCGUAUUUCAAUAUGCAACUAUCCACAAAUUUAUUCCGGAAAUGAACAUGGGAUAGCGAAUAAAGGCGUUUAAUUGUUUUCUUUAUUUGAUGUCAAUUUAUUCAAUAUACCUCUAUACAUCAAUAUACUAGGUCCCCUUGAAGAUGAAGACUGAUGUGUACCAAUUGCAUGACUUUGCUGUGAUACGUUAUAUCAACUUGUAUCGUAUCUGCAGAGUUCAGAUGUAGGCCAAAUCAUCAACAAAUAUGGAAACUAAUAAUGUUAUAACUUUUCAUCAGUGUACAGUGUGUGAUGAGAUUUUUCAACAAUAUGAAGAUUUAGUAAAACACAAUAAAAUACAUGUUAAAGAUGAAAAAACUGAUGAUGUAGAUGAAUAUUGUCAAGUUAAGUUUAUUAAAAAAGAGAAAACUGAUGAUGUAGAUGAAUAUUGUCAUGUUAAAGAAGAGAAAACUGAUGAUGUAGAUGAAUAUUAUCAUGUUAAAGAAGAGAAAAUUGAUGAUGUAGAUGAAUAUUGUCAUGUUAAAGAAGAGAAAACUGAUGAUAUUGAAACCAUUUAUCAAUGUAAUUUGUGUGAUGAAGAAUUUAAAUUAGAAUCUGAUUUAGAAAAACACUGUGAAAAACAUGUUAAAGAAGAAGAGUCUGUUUUACAAAAUCAAAAAGAUUCUAACAAAUGUCACUCAGUAGAAAAAUCUUAUAUAUGUGAUGUCUGUAGUAAAUCAUUCACUCAAGGUGGUAGUCUACAGAGACACCUGAGAAUUCACACGGGCGUAAAACCUUAUAAAUGUGAUGUUUGUAAUAAAUUAUUUGGAGAAAAGGGUAAACUUAAACAACACAUGAGAAUUCAUACGGGUGAAAAACCUUAUAAAUGCGAUGUUUGUUAUGAAUCAUUUGGACGAACAGGUCAACUUCAGCUGCACAUGAGAAUUCAUACGGGUGAAAAACCUUAUAUAUGUGACGUUUGUAGUAAAUCCUUUCGACGCACAUGUCGACUGCGACUUCACAUGAGAAUUCAUACUGGCGAAAAACCUUAUCAGUGUGAUGUUUGUAGUAAAUCAUUUACCAAGAGCAGUGAUCUACAAAGACACAAGAGAAUUCAUACCGGUGAAAAACCCUAUAAUUGUGAUGUUUGUAGUAAAUCAUUUGGACAAGCGGGACAGCUUCGGCAGCACAUGAGAAUUCAUACCGGUGAAAAGCCAUAUGAAUGUGAUGUUUGUAGUGCUUCAUUCACCAGGAGUAGCUAUCUACAAAUUCACAAAAGAACUCACACAAGAUAAAAACCUUUUAAAUGUGUUGUAUGUGAAAUGAAAUGAAAUGAAAUGGAGUUUAACGUCCUACUGUUCUGCUCCUAACCUGGGCUAAGUGAAGACGGGCAUACGCCAUACAGUGUGCUAUGAGGGAAAUUUUGCCCAGACAGCGGCACUACGGCCUACUCUUAUAUCGAAU